UCGUCGGCCAAGUUCAUCAUCCAUGAGGUCUGGAUUAUCAUUUCGAACAAACUCUUCGUUUAGAGGAUAUCGAACAUCAAGAGAACCAGUCCGGCGACCUGCCUCUUCACCUGCAGACUCAUCAAUACAAUUCCCACCAAGUCCCUGUAAGGUGCCCAAUCAUAAUCCCCCUCAACAUCAUCAUCAUCAUAGUCAUCAUCCCUUACAUCACAACAGCCCAGUUGAUGAAGAUGAAUCUAUAGACGACUCACCAGUACCAACUGUAAACGUAAAUCAUCUAAGUAAUCACAUCUAGAAAUAUCAAUUUAAACGUAUACGUCAGACAAUGCAACAUAAUUAAGUUUCUGAAUGUGCCAUAUGUAGCACAAGACUGCAAGCAAAGAAGACAUUUUGUAAGUUAUCAAGUGAGCUGUGAUCAAACAGUUAUAUAACUGGGUCCAGAUAGUUUUUUCUUUUUGGUUUUGAAAUUUAAUAUACAUAGCGGAAAAAUCAUACUAUUAUCUAUGCUGCAUCUUCAGCUUAUUUGUUAUCAUGAUUUAAAUUUUGCUGAGGUGACUUGUCGGCAUUGGUUUUUCUUUUUGUUUAAAUUUUGCUUUAUGAAGAUUAUCAAAUUACGCACCGCCACACCCUUUCUAUAAUUUUAUUUCAUUUUAUUGCA